UGUCAUGCCACCUAUUCCUGAAACGGAAGGGAUUAUGUUUCGUAAAAAGUUAUGCUGGGUUUUGUUUUUACGUUCAAAAGGGACGUUCCUAGCGGACCACCAGGAUUUGAUUCAUGCUUAUCUGUUGCUGCUCGCCUGUCUAGAAUUCGUUCUGAGAAGCACGCCAUCCUUUCUACUCAAUCCUCCAUACGAUGCGGUUCGUAUCGGGUGUCUACAAAGUUCUGAACACAGGACCCAAGGCAUGCUGAGUAUGUUGGCGGAACAGUUUGGCGCCAGUGUCGAAGAGGCUCAAACUCUUCAGCAUAAUUGUAUGGAAGCGUUCUUCCAAGGUUUACCGCAGAUAGAUGGAGAACUAGACCUCGAGGAACUAUGGCGGCAAUACGAACACUUGUAUAAGCAGACCGGUGACAUCGAUGAACUUCUUUUUCUCAAACACGAUCCGUUCGUCAUGCCAGCGGAUUACAAUAAAAACAGAAUAACUCCGUCGAAAACAAAGUUUGGAUCUGCACAACCUUCUACACCUGUCAGAAAUGCUCUCAACACCGUUGCCCAACUGAAAAGUGUUCUGCGUCAGGCUAGUGACGAACCUACGUCUAAGCUUAAGGAAUAUUUUCAGAAAUGCUCUACCAACGUCACGGUUCCAAUAGCUAAUAGAUUGAAGAGUCUCAAAGAAACCUUUGUCAGCAAGUUCGCUUCCAUGGCUAAGACCAGUCAACGAUCGGUAGCUGAACAGCGAGUCACCAUGGCAACGCGACUCUACUAUCAAGUAAUGGAGUCUAUGCUCAACAUGGAACAUGAACGGCUGUCGCAGAAUGACUUCAGCAAUCUGCUGAGUCAUGAAAACUUCCAUCGAUCUCUCCUAGCGGCGUGUGUGGAAAUUGUUCUCAUGACGUAUGGAUUGUCCCCGAGUCACUCAAAAGGAUCUUCUAUAAGUUAUGAAGACUCGCCAUUCUCAUUUCCAUGGAUACUAGAAGUAUUUGACCUACAGGCCUACGAUUUCUUCAAAGUAUUAGAAUCAUUUAUUAAAGCGGAACCCAAACUUCCAGGUGAUGUCAUUCGACAUCUACAGAGUGUUGAACAUAGAAUUCUAGACUCAAUAGUCUGGAGAGAGGGCUCAACACUGUAUACAGCGAUCGAGAAGGCUAAUGGUGGACAGCUGUCGACUAUGGUUGAAAUAUCUCCACCCAUCGAUCCCCUGGCAACAGGAAACCAAUCAUCAAGUGCUGCUGAAAUGUAUUUAUCGCCAGUGUGCCAUUCCUCUGGUAUUCGUCCGCCGACACCAAGGAAAGCUUCUCAGAACUCUCUACCCGGUGCUAGUCCCAGUAAAUCCGUUCCCAAAGCCAGUCCUUUGAAAUCCAGCUCAACGAUUGGUGCAGCCAGUAACUCCGCCUCCCCGGUGUCAAAACCACCAAAACGUUCAUAUUGUUUGACGUUAUUCUUCAAUAAAGUUUGUCGUCUUGGUUACCACAGAAUCCAAAAGUUGUGCACAAUGCUGCAGGUUUCAAAAGACUUGCAACAGAAGGUGUGGACGUGUUUUGAGUUCUGCAUAACCAACAGACCUGGGCUGGUGAAGAACCGACACAUAGAUCAGAUAAUGAUGUGUUCUCUGUAUGCGAUCUGCAAGGUAGCGGACAAGGAGAUCAAGUUCAAACACAUUGUACAGAUGUACCGCAACUUGCCACACGCAGAACAGGAGGUGUACAAGACUGUGUAUAUACAGGAGAAGGACGUGGACUCGAUUAUCGGCUUCUACAAUAAGAUCUUUCAGAACAACAUGAAGAACUACAUACUCCAGUUCUCAGUGAACAAACUCACCACACCAGUGUUGUCUCCAAUCCCCACCAAAUCAGUAAAACUGACAGCAUCACCAGUUUUCAGUGUUCCAGGUCGUAAAAACUUCUACAUCUCUCCACUAAAAGAAUCUCCGUUCAAAUCACCACCGUCCCCGAGUCAGCUGACCCCCAACACCAGACAGCUGUACAGCUUUGGCGAGGGAUUUGGUUCUCACCACAAGCUGCAGACGAUAAACGACAGUUUGUCACCGACCAAGCGGUUUUCAGUGACGGGCACAACACCAAAAAGUUUUAAGAGACUGGCAUUCGACAACCCUCCCGAUGAUGACUGUCAGCAACCUCCGACGAAAAUCCACUGUGUUAAGAAAAUCCACCCUCUUGAUGGCUGUCCUCAGAAUACCACAGAUGAAAUUCGUUCCGAGUCAUCGCACAGUAACACUGGUGAAAAAGGCACAGUCUCUUCCUAGAGUGUGACAUACCGCCACUUAACGCACGCAGAACUUGGUAUUCGUUAAUAGGUGGCAAAAGUCAAUUUUCUGUAGCUAUCACAGCCUCCAACACUGUUUAUGUUUCAUGCUUACAAUUAUACAUCUCACUGCGCUCAAUAGAUAUUACUUUCAAAGGUGAAUACUCUUAUUGCCUAAUAGAUACUGUCAUUCAAGAUUAAAUAUAUUAUGGAUACAUUAUAUCAUAUAAAUAUAUCAUAUACAGAUAUUAUAUCAUAGAUAUAUCAUAUGGAUGUUAUAUCAUACAAAUAUCAUAACUUCAAGACAUUAUAAUAUUUUCAUAAUGCAUAAUGGAAUUUACUCGCUCUGUUUGUUUUUUUAAUUGAUAUAUUCCCAUUUGCCAUAAUCUUUUUGUGGAGCAUUUUAACACACUUGGAAGUCACAUUGUAGGUUUUUUGUUGUUUUUAUAAUUUCUACACAUCUCAUGAUUUUGUGAUCAUUCUAAUGUUUAUGCAGCUCAAAACAAUAUUCACAGGUCUCCCAGACCUCCUAUAUUUUUAUAGGAUCCUAUAAAACUCCUAUAUUGAGAUUCAUUUCCUAUAUUUGACUCAAUUGCUUUGCCAAAAUGCCGAUGAAUAAAAUAUGUUACCGAGUGAAAGGCAGCCAACCUGUCAGAAAUUCAGAAGGUGCUUUGAAUGUGUGAGAUCUGUAUCAAGUGCCAAUAAAGAUCCUGCUCACCUGAUGAGGUGAGGAGGAUGUAUUACUGAUACAAGAUGCAAAAAUGCGACCAGUGUCCCAUUUGGGCAACUUAAAUAUUAAAAAAUAAUAAUGUUAGUCGUCCAAAUAAUAUCUUCUUUAGAGCUAUAACAUAUGAGCCACUAUUAAUAUUUGUAUGCAUCUAUUUAUUCCACAUUAAAAUCUUGC